AUGGAUAAUUAUCUAAAAAGUUUGAAAAGCAUUCGCGAUACUCUUAUAAUGGAAAUUUCAUUCAAAGGGAAGCGAGUUCUCGUAACUGGUGCUGGACAGGGAAUAGGUCGUGGAAUUGCGAUAGAACUAUGGCGUGCCGGUGCCAAAGUUGUUGCAAUUUCUAGGACUAAGUCUCAUUUAGAUACAUUAAAAAAUGAGUACCCAUCAAUUGAUAUUUUGGAACUGGACGUUGGGGAUUGGGAAAAAACUAGGAGGUUUAUAGACAGUCUCGGACACUUCGAUGCUUUAGUUAACAACGCAGCCGUAGCCAAGUGCGAGCCGUUUUUGGAAUGCUCACCAGACGCUUUUGACAACAUGUUUAAUAUAAACGUAAAAUCAAUAAUAAAUAUAAGCCAAAUAGUCGCCAAAAAGAUGAUCGACAGUAAAACUCAUGGUGCCAUUGUCAAUGUAUCCUCACAAGCCUCGAAGGCAGCACUGAAAGAUCACACCAUAUAUAGUGGAUCAAAAGCUGCACUGGAUGCUGUAACGCGCGCUAUGGCUUUGGAACUUGGACCCUACGGCAUUAGAGUAAAUGCUGUGAACCCUACAGUUAUUAUGACGGCAAUGGGUAAAAUUGGUUGGUCUGAUCCAGAUAAAGCUAAUGCUAUGCUUUCGAAAAUUCCUCUUGGAAGGUUCGGUGAAGUGUCGGAGGUUACAAAUGUUGUUCUUUACCUUCUUAGUGACAAAGCCUCGAUGAUAAACGGAGUCGAGCUACCUAUUGAUGGAGGAUUCUUGGCAUGC